UUGGAGGUGAGCUUACCAUGGACAAGGGAUGGAGAUUAGCUCCGUGUUGUUCCGCUCUAUCUCAAUUCGCGUAACGAGCAGUUAAAAAAAUGAAAAAAGGACUGUUUCUGGAGUCUUCCUGGGGCUGGAGGCGUGGGUGUCUUUCCGAGGCCUUUCAUUUGAUCUCUCCCCCCCCCAACGCUCUCUCUCCCCCUUUCCCUCACGAAGCCGCGAGGGCUUUCUGGCUUGCGUGCAGGGGAUGGAACCCCGCCCGCUCUCUGACCCAGAAUUUUCCCGCUAUUUCUAGUGCUCCGGCGCCGGAGGAACGGGUCGUUUAUGGUAUCAGAGCGGCGGUGUGGGGGUUGCAAUGGCCGACGGAGGAGAGAAGACUGGCGAUUUCUACGCCGUCCUUGGCCUCAAUAAGGAGUGCUCCGACUCGGAGCUCCGGAAUGCCUACAAAAAGCUUGCCAUGAGAUGGCAUCCGGAUAAGUGUUCGGCGUCGGGGAGCUCGAAACGCGUGGAAGAAGCCAAGGAGAAGUUCCAGGAGAUCCAGGAAGCCUACUCGGUACUCUCUGACUCCAACAAGAGAUUCUUGUACGACGUAGGAGUCUACGACAGUGACGACGACCAUAACGGAAUGGAGGAGUUCCUCGGGGAGAUGGCGCAGAUGAUGAGCCAAACCAAGCCCAGCGAGAAGGGCCACGAGAGCUUCGAAGAGUUACAGCAGCUAUUCGUGGAGAUGUUCCAGGACGACCUGGAUGCUGGAUUCGGUGGUCCCAUCUCGUCCCAGGCGGCAUCCAACGGCUACGAUCAUUUCUUCGCCUCCACCUCC